AGGCAGCGGAGAACGAAGGACGGCGCUGCAGAACGACGACGACACCGGUGCCGUGGUGGUCGCGACGACUUGGCGGCGUGACAGCGACGAGUUGGCGCUGCGUGGUGAAAAUCGCGGCGGCGGGCGUUUUCGGGUCGCCCGCACGCGUUGCAGCAGCGAGAGUGACGCGGUGGGCGUGACCGGCCGUGUUUGUUGAACAGUGUUGGUGACCUCGCAACAGACGCCAUGCUCUCCGGAAUCGCAUGCCGGUGGUUAGCCCGGUCACUGUUUAUGCUACUGUGUGUAUUGCACUUCGCUCGGACCGUGGAACGCCGCGCUGUGUGCUACGCGCCGGGCUCAGUCUUCAUGCAGCUAUUCUUCGUGCAGGAGAGCGUUGAACACUCUGUCGUGAUCACGGGCGAAAUAACCGGCCUCCAGCCAGGAGCCCAUGGUCUUCACGUGCACGCUUACGGAGACCUCACCAACGGCUGCAAUUCCACGAAAGGCCACUUCAAUCCUAUGCACAAAGACCAUGGUGCUCCGGAAGACCGCGAGCGGCACGUCGGUGACUUGGGCAACAUCAAGGCCGAGGCUGAUGGCAAGGCCCGCGUGUACAUCACGGACAGCAUGAUCUCCCUCGUUGGCCACCACAACAUAAUCGGCCGCGCCAUGGUGGUGCACGCCAACCCCGACGACCUGGGAAAAGGCGGCACAAACGAAAGCAAAACGUCUGGCAGCGCCGGUCCCCGCUUGGCAUGCUGCGUCAUCGGCUUUGUUUCCGGCUCUGGGUGGACGAGUCCCGACUUGCGCCUUCUGUUCACCACAUUUGCCUUUCUCAUCGUCGUAUUCUCUAGACGCGGCGUGUGAAGCUGCUUGCGUUCUUUCAUGUGUGUGUGUACAUAGCCUUUUCUUUGUUUACCGCUUGUUAAAUAAAGCCGGUUUAGGUAUUUGUUGUAA